AUUUCUAAUAAAUAAAUAUACUACUCGUAGUACUACUCGCAGUAAUAGAAUGUCAUCAUCCAUUAAAUCCAUAAAAGCACGUCAAAUUUUUGACUCUCGUGGUAAUCCUACUGUAGAGGUUGAUAUUGUCACAGAUGAUGGACUCUUUAGAUCUGAGGUACCAUCAGGUGCUUCUACUGGUAUUCAUGAAGCUCUAGAACUUAGAGAUAAUGAUAAAUCUAAAUAUCAUGGAAAGUCUGUUUUUAAAGCUAUAAAUAAUAUUAAUAAUAUUAUUGGACCAGAAUUAAUAAAGUCAAACUUGGAUGUUACUUCACAAAGUGAUAUUGAUAAUUUGCUUUUGAAACUUGAUGGUACAUCAAACAAAUCAAAUCUUGGAGCAAAUGCAAUUCUGGGUGUUUCCUUGGCAGUUUGUAAAGCAGGAGCAGCAAAAAAAAAAACUUCAUUAUAUAGAUAUAUUGCAGAUUUGGCAGGAAAUACGAAUAUUAUUUUACCAGUUCCAGCUUUUAAUGUUAUCAAUGGUGGUUCACAUGCUGGAAAUAAAUUAGCAAUGCAAGAAUUUAUGAUUCUACCUACAGGUGCUUCUAGUUUCUCAGAUGCCAUGAAAAUGGGUACUGAAAUUUAUCAUCAUUUGAAAAAUGGUAUUAAAUCGAAGUUUGGUCUUGAUGCUACUUCUGUUGGUGAUGAAGGUGGUUUUGCUCCAAAUAUUUUGGACAACAAAGAAGCUCUAAAUUUGAUCAUAGAUUCUAUCAAAACUGCUGGAUAUGAUGGAAAAGUCAAAAUUGGUAUGGAUGUUGCUGCAUCAGAAUUUUAUAAAAAUGGAAAAUAUGAUUUAAAUUUUAAGAAUGAAAAAUCUGAUCCAAGCACAUAUUUGGAUUCAAAUUCCUUAAAGAAUUUAUACCUACAAUUUAUUAAAGAAUUCCCAAUUGUAUCAAUUGAAGAUCCAUUUGAUCAAGAUGAUUGGAGUUCAUGGACAACAUUAACAUCUUCUACUGAUAUUCAAAUUGUGGGUGAUGACGUUACUGUCACAAAUCCUAAUAGGAUCAAAAUGGCUAUUGACAGAAAAGCUUGCAAUUGUUUGUUAUUGAAAGUCAAUCAAAUAGGUACUGUCACAGAAUCAAUCAAUGCUCAUAAACUUGCUAAAAAUGCUGGAUGGGGCACAAUGGUUUCUCAUCGUUCCGGAGAAACAGAAGAUACGUUUAUUGCUGAUUUAGUUGUUGGUUUAUCGACUGGCCAAAUUAAAACGGGUGCGCCUUGCCGUUCAGAACGUUUAGCAAAAUACAAUCAAAUUCUUCGUAUUGAAGAAGAAUUAGGUUCGUCUGCCAGAUAUGCAGGAAAUAAAUUCCGUAAUCCUCAGGCUUAAGAUAUAUUAUAUCUUUUUAUUAAUGAAGUUUUAGUUGUUAUAUUUACUGCAAAAUAAGUUGAAUAUAUACUUUUAUAAUUAUUAACAUUGUAUUGAUGAAAUCAUUACUGUUAUUAUAUUUAAAAGAGAAAAAGGUUUCAAUUAUAGAGAUAGAGAAAUGAAGAAAUCAAAGAAUUUCUGUUAAAAGAAAUAUUAUGAAAAAUAAAAAUAUGCAGAUAUUUAUU